AUGGCAGAGCAUCAUCAACUCGAACCGUUUCCACGCUUGGCAAUGGAGAUGGAGCGCGUACCAGCAUCACCCACGAUGCCAGACGAAGCUACUACCUCAGCACGCCUCAACGUGCCAGAGAGACCGUUCGACACGCCACUGCUUACACCAAUACCUUCCAAGAUGACGCCUCGCAUGGUCGACCUGCAUCGCCAGGCUCCUAAGAAAGCGCCCACCCUACAACAAUUGGUAGACGAAAUGGAGACCUCGGAGAUGAUGGCCUUUCGUAUCCGGACGAUAGCGAGUGCUCAAGAAGACCACUUCAACGCACUCUCAGGCCUAGAGCAAGGCAACGACUCCAUCAACGCCACCUCUUUCAUAGAAGCAGCAGCAGGAAGCUGCCCAUACACCGCGCCACAACCCAUCGCAUAUCCUGCACUACCGAUCGAUGCCACCCAUGAGACACACCUUUCCACCGACUCACACGCAUCUGCCGCCCACUGGGGUACCCCAGUCUGGCUCGUCUUCGCAGCCCUCGCCCAUCUAUGGCUGAUCUUGGCCAUAACCGAUUUGUACUGCACCGCUUCAAUCUUCUCUGUGGCAAAUGUAGUGAUGGCUACGAUGAUGGCGAUGGGGUUUGCAGUUUUCUCGGCUACAGGAACCCCGCGGGCGCGUCCCGGGAUGAUUUGGUGGCGUGUAUGCUGA